ACUGCGUGGACGCUCAACAUGGCAAUUUGGGUAAUGCUGGCGGUCGUGCUUAUCGCGGAUUUGGUCGAUUUUGCUCAAGCAGCUUGUUUGCCGUGCAAUUUUCAAUGGACGGAGAACAAUGGCACGUGCUACAGGUAUUUCACUAAUUCCCUGUCGUACACUGAAGCAAAGGCAUUCUGUCAGCGUCUCAACUAUCAUGGUCGAAGUGGCUCCCUCGCAACGGUAACAAGCCCUGAUGACAUCUUAUUCAUUUCGAAGUUCGCUGAUGACAUGUUCAAGUACGCGACUGGAUUUGAUGUACCGUCAUUCAUUUGGCUAGAUACACAUGCCCUAAACACCACGGUUUCUGACUUGGAACCAAUUCUGGACCUACCAUUGGGCCAAAUGAGUAACGUCACUCCGUGCGAGAAUAACCAAGUAGUGGAUAACGAGGCGUAUCAAGUGGUUGGGACUGCUCAAAUGGUUCCUGGCCCAGAGCUAGUGGAACAACCAUGCGCAGUGCACGCAUCACUUGGUUCCUACUUAGAUCUCGGAGACUUUGCAGGGAGUUGUGUCUCAGACCCUGGACUGUGUGAGUCUGAAACUGUGACCUGGUCCAUUUGGUUGAAAAUCGACACGCCGGUAUCUGUGAACAAAAAUGACUGGUAUUACUUGAGCUCUGGGGGACAGACUAGUCAGUCCAGAGGAAUAGCUUUCAUGUAUAAAAAGGACUCUCAGAAAUUCUGGAUCAUAGCAAAGUCCGGACAUUUUCUUUUUAAUCGUAAAUAUAACAAAAGUAAGAUACCGCUGGACGAGUGGUUCCACCUCGCAUUUACGGCGGACUUGUCAGGCACGCGGGGCACAGACUUAAAAGUAUUUGUCAAUGGGGAUAUGGUCAAUGCGGACGUGAUGAAAAACCUAACUGCAACAACUCAAUCGGACGGGUGCACUCAUCUUUACUUUGGCAUGUCAAAUACAUGUGCUCGCACAUACUCUGUUGACACGUACGGUGGCUCUGCAGCAUACAGCAAUCUGGUUGUGUUUGACGGUCUUCUGAGCUCACAACAGAUAGCAAACCUGUACAAGUGUGGAUAUAUAGAUUGGCGCCCUAGGAUCAUCAACUUCACUAUGACCAACUACGGCACCACUGACGGCGAAAUCCGUUUUAACUGCACGGCCGACGGUGACGUCAUCACCUGGAGUUUACUCCACGAAAACAACCCCAACAACGUGAGUUGGGAGAAUUUGGCAACCAUAGCGGGAGCCGGCUACACAAUUCAAGCAGUGAAUGCUUCUAGAUGCGUUAUUCACUCGACUCUUGUGAUUUACCGCAACCACGGCUUGCCGCUUGAGGGCGCUCUGGUGGCCUGCAGUGCCCAUUCGUAUCAUCUACGCGACAAGGCGUCUAUGUUCAUCUAUCAAGGCAAACAAGUGAAUAUUGGAACAAGCCACCAUGGUUCUAUAGGUAAGUGUGAUUCCGUGUUUUUACUCUCACAUCGAUAG